ACCAUUGCACUGUGGACACUACUCCCUCUUACCGAUAUGGGAGACAUGGGCGAUCCACCAAAAAAAAAACGCCUGAUUUCCCUAUGUGUUGGUUGCGGCAAUCAAAUUCACGAUCAGUAUAUCCUGCGGGUUUCUCCGGAUUUGGAAUGGCAUGCGGCGUGUUUGAAAUGCGCGGAGUGUAAUCAGUAUUUGGAUGAGAGCUGUACGUGCUUUGUUAGAGAUGGGAAAACCUACUGUAAGAGAGACUAUAUCAGGUUGUACGGGAUCAAAUGCGCCAAGUGCAGCAUCGGCUUCAGCAAGAACGACUUCGUGAUGCGCGCCCGCGCCAAGGUGUACCACAUCGAGUGCUUCCGCUGCGUGGCCUGCAGCCGCCAGCUCAUCCCCGGCGACGAGUUCGCGCUGCGCGAGGACGGGCUCUUCUGCCGCGCGGACCACGACGUGGUGGAGCGGGCCAGCCUGGGCGCCGGCGACCCGCUCAGCCCCCUGCACCCGGCGCGCCCGCUGCAGAUGGCAGCCGAGCCCAUCUCCGCGCGGCAGCCGGCCCUGCGGCCCCACGUGCACAAGCAGCCGGAGAAGACGACCCGCGUGCGGACGGUGCUGAACGAGAAGCAGCUGCACACCCUGCGGACCUGCUACGCCGCCAACCCGCGGCCCGACGCGCUCAUGAAGGAGCAGCUCGUGGAGAUGACGGGCCUGAGCCCCCGCGUGAUCCGGGUCUGGUUCCAGAACAAGCGCUGCAAGGACAAGAAGCGCAGCAUCAUGAUGAAGCAGCUGCAGCAGCAGCAGCCCAACGACAAGACGAACAUCCAGGGGAUGACAGGAACCCCCAUGGUGGCCGCCAGUCCCGAGAGGCACGAUGGUGGCUUGCAGGCCAACCCGGUGGAGGUGCAGAGCUACCAGCCCCCGUGGAAAGUACUGAGCGACUUCGCCUUGCAGAGUGACAUAGAUCAGCCUGCUUUUCAGCAACUGGUCAACUUCUCCGAGGGAGGGCCGGGCUCCAACUCCACCGGCAGCGAAGUGGCCUCGAUGUCCUCGCAGCUCCCGGACACCCCCAACAGCAUGGUGGCCAGCCCCAUCGAGGCCUGAGGAACAUUCGCGCAGAUGCGUUCCCCCAACCCUGUUGGAGACGGUGGGAGCCGAUCCCGUUGAACUCCGAACCAAAAGUAUUUAACGCCCCCGUCCGUGGAAACUGAAUUGAGAAAAUGAAUGCUCCAUGAAAUGCACGAAGUCUGUUUUAAUGACAAGGUAAUAUGGUAGCAACACUGUGAAGACAAUCAUGGGAUUUUACUAGAACGAAAACCAACAACAGAGCAAAACCCCAACCCAACACGCGCUAUCCAAUGACCUU